AUGGGUAAAUCGCAUGGUUACAGAUCGGGUACUCGUUACGCUUUCCAGCGUGACUUCAAGAAGCAUGGUGCCAUUCCCUUGUCCACCUACAUGAAGACCUACAAGGUUGGUGAUAUCGUAGACAUUAAAGCCAACGGUUCCAUCCAAAAAGGUAUGCCCCACAAAUACUACCACGGUAAGACUGGUGUGGUUUACAACGUUACCAAGUCAUCCGUUGGAGUUAUUAUCCACAAGAUUGUUGGAAACAGAUACCUUGAAAAGAGAGUCAACUUGAGAGUCGAGCACGUUAAGCACUCCGCUUGUCGUCAAGAAUUCUUGAACAGAGUCAAGACCAAUGCUGCUAAGAAGAGAGAGGCCAAGGCCAAGGGUGAGACUGUGUUCUUGAAGAGACAGCCAGCCAAGCCUAGAGAGGCUAGGAUCGUCAAAACCGUUGACAAUGUUCCUCAAACCUUGGCCCCAGUUCCUUACGAAACCUUCAUCUAG